AUGGCCACUAUCAUUCUUGGUUCCCAGUGGGGCGACGAGGGUAAAGGAAAGCUUACCGACAUCCUCUGCCCCAAGGCCCAGAUCUGCGCCAGAGCCGCUGGCGGCCAUAACGCUGGUCACUCCAUCGUCGCCAAUGGCGUCGAGUACGACUUCCAUCUUCUCCCCUCGGGUCUCGUCAACCCCAACUGCAUGAACCUCAUCGGUUCCUCUGUUGUCUUCCACGUCCCUAGCUUCUUCAGCGAGCUCAGCAAGCUCGAGGAGAAGGGCCUCACCGAUGUCCACAACCGUAUCCUCGUCUCCGACCGCUGCCACGUCGACUUCGACCUUCACGCUGCCGUCGAUGGUCUCGAGGAGGUUGAGCUUGGUGACCGCAAGAUCGGCACCACCGGCCGUGGUAUCGGUCCCUCUUACAGCACCAAGAUGGCGAGAUCCGGUGUUAGAAUCCACGAGAUCUUCAACGAGGAGAUCUUCGAGCGCAAGCUCAGGCAACUCGCCAACGGCUACAAGAAGAGAUUCGGUGAUCUCCUCAAGUACGAUGUCGAGGAGGAGAUUGCUCGCUUCAAGGAGUACCGCGUCAAGCUCGCCCCCUAUACCGUCGAUGCCGUUCAGUACAUGAAGCAGGCUCAGGACCGCGGCUACAAGAUCCUCAUCGAAGGUGCCAACGCCCUCAUGCUGGAUAUCGACUACGGCACCUACCCCUACGUCACCUCCAGCAACACCGGUCUCGGUGGUAUCAUCACCGGUCUUUCCAUCAACCCCACCAAGAUUGACAACAUCAUCGGUGUCGUCAAGGCCUACACCACUCGUGUCGGUGGUGGUCCUUUUAAGACCGAGGAUCUCGAGGAGGCUGGUACUAAGCUCCAGGACAUUGGCCGCGAGUGGGGUGUCAGCACUGGUCGCAAGCGUCGUUGCGGCUGGCUCGAUCUUGUCGUCCUCAAGUACUCUACCGCCAUCAACAACUAUACCGCCCUCAACCUUACCAAGCUCGAUAUCCUCGACACUUUUGAGACCAUCAAGGUCGCCGUCGCCUACAAGGACCCCCAGACCGGUGAGGAGGUUGAGUACUUCCCUGCCGAUCUCGGUAUCCUCGACAGCCUUGAGGUUGUCUACAAGGAGCUUCCCGGCUGGAACAAGCCCAUCACUGAUUGCAAGACCUACUACGAUCUCCCCAAGGAGGCUCGCGCCUACGUCGAGUUCAUCGAGGAGUUCGUCGGUGUCCCUAUCUGUUACAUCGGUACCGGUCCUAAGCGUGAGGACAUGAUUGUCCGCAAGGCCUCCGCCAUCAAGGAGUAA